AUGGCCGAGCCCCUGAAGGAGGAAGACGGCGAGGACGGCUCUGGGGAGCCCCCCGGGCCAGUGAAAGCAGAACCGGCCAACACCGCUGCCUCUGUAGCGGCCAAGAACCUGGCCCUGCUGAAAGCUCGCUCCUUGGAUGUGACCUUUGACGUGGGGGACGAGUACGAGAUCAUCGAGACCAUAGGCAACGGGGCCUACGGGGUGGUGUCCUCUGCGCGCCGGCGCCUCACCGGCCAGCAGGUGGCCAUUAAGAAGAUCCCUAAUGCUUUUGAUGUGGUGACUAAUGCCAAGCGGACCCUCAGGGAGCUGAAGAUCCUCAAACACUUCAAGCAUGACAACAUCAUCGCCAUCAAGGACAUCCUGAGGCCCACUGUGCCCUACGGCGAGUUCAAAUCUGUUUACGUGGUGCUGGACCUGAUGGAGAGUGACCUGCACCAGAUCAUCCACUCCUCGCAGCCGCUCACACUGGAGCACGUGCGCUACUUCCUGUACCAGCUGCUACGGGGCCUCAAGUACAUGCACUCAGCUCAGGUCAUCCACCGUGACCUCAAGCCCUCCAACUUGUUGGUGAACGAGAACUGUGAGCUCAAGAUCGGUGACUUUGGCAUGGCGCGGGGCCUGUGCACCUCGCCUGCUGAGCAUCAGUACUUCAUGACCGAAUACGUGGCCACGCGCUGGUACCGUGCCCCCGAGCUCAUGCUGUCCCUGCAUGAGUACACGCAGGCCAUUGACCUGUGGUCCGUGGGCUGUAUCUUUGGUGAGAUGCUGGCCAGGCGCCAGCUCUUCCCAGGCAAGAACUAUGUGCACCAGCUGCAGCUGAUCAUGAUGGUGCUGGGUACCCCGUCGCCAGCUGUGAUUCAGGCCGUAGGGGCUGAAAGGGUACGGGCAUAUAUCCAGAGUCUGCCACCACGCCAGCCUGUGCCCUGGGAGACAGUGUACCCCGGUGCUGACCGCCAGGCCCUCUCGCUGCUGGGGCGAAUGCUGCGUUUUGAGCCCAGUGCCCGCAUGUCGGCAGCUGCUGCGCUUCGCCACCCCUUUCUGGCCAAGUACCAUGACCCCGAUGAUGAGCCUGACUGUGCCCCGCCCUUUGACUUCGCCUUUGACCGGGAAGCCCUCACCCGGGAGCGGAUUAAGGAGGCCAUUGUGGCUGAGAUUGAGGACUUCCAUGCCCGGCGCGAGGGCAUCCGCCAGCAGAUCCGCUUCCAGCCUUCUCUGCAGCCAGUGGCCAGUGAGCCCAGCUGCCCCGACAUUGAGAUGCCCAGUUCCUGGGCUCCCAGUGGGGACUGUGCCAUGGAGUCGCCUCCGCCAGCUCCACUGCCGUGCCCCGGCCCUGCACCUGACACCAUUGACAUGGCCCUGCAGCCACCCCCCGCGUUGGCCAGUGAGCCAGCCCCUCCGAAGAGGGAGGGCGCCAUCUCAGACAACACCAAAGCCGCCCUCAAAGCUGCCCUGCUCAAGUCCCUGCGGAGCCGGCUCCGAGAUGGGCCCAGUGCCCCCCCGGAAGCACCCGAGCCCCGGAAGCCAGUGACGGCGCAGGAGCGCCAGCGCGAGCGGGAGGAGAAGCGGCGGCGGCGGCAGGAGCGGGCGAAGGAGCGGGAAAAGCGGCGGCAGGAGCGGGAGCGCAAGGAGCGAGGGGCUGGGGCCUCUGGGGGCCCCUCCACCGACCCCCUGGCGGGGCUGGUGCUGAGUGACAAUGACCGCAGCCUGCUGGAGCGCUGGACUCGGAUGGCCCAGCCCCCAGCCCCCGCCCCCGCCCCUGCUCCAGGAACAACACCGCCAGCCCAGCCCCCCAGUCCUGCUGGCUCUGUAGCCCAGCCCACUGGACCGACACCGCCACCUGCAGGCGCCCCCCCUGGUCCUGCACCACAGCCCACCUGCCCAGCCCCUGGCCCUGCCCCCCACCCUGCUGGCCCUCCUAGGCCUGGCCCUGGCCCUGCUGCACUCCAGACCAGCGCCACCACCUCCGGCCUCCUGGCCCCCCAGGCGCUAGUGCCACCCCCUGGGAUGCCUGGUUCCAGCACCCUGGGUGUUCUGCCUUACUUCCCAUCUGGCCCACCCCCUCCAGACCCCAGGGGGGUCCCUCAACCCUCCACCUCAGAGUCACCCGAUGUCAACCUGGUGACCCAGCAGCUGUCCAAGUCUCAGGUGGAGGACCCUUUGCCCCCCGCGUUCUCAGGCACUCCAAAGGGCAGCGGGGCUGGUUAUGGUGUUGGCUUUGACCUGGAAGAAUUCCUAAACCAGUCUUUCGAUAUGGGUGUGGCGGAUGGGCCACAGGACGGCCAGACGGACUCCGCCUCACUCUCAGCCUCCCUGCUGGCUGACUGGCUCGAGGGCCACGGCAUGAACCCUUCUGACAUCGAGUCUCUGCAGCGUGAGAUCCAGAUGGAUUCCCCGAUGCUGCUGGCUGACCUGCCUGACCUCCAGGAGCCCUGA